AUGUCUAUGACUGGAAGUGUGGGAAGUCCCAGCAAAGAUUCUGGCAACAACAGUUUAAUAGGAAGUGACAAUAACUUACCGAGAGACUUCAGCAGGUUAUCACUUUUCUCAGCAGGUUCUACCACCUCUCAGGACGAACAUUUUAGGUGUGAGGGGCACGCUGAACAUAGUUUGUCUUGCAUGAAAAACUAUUUGCAAGCUGGGAAGUUGUGCGACGUGACCCUCAUAGCAGGCAGCAAUGGCAAAAGAGUCCAAGCCCACAGAUUGGUUUUAUCCGCAGCAAGCGAAUAUUUCUCUGCGAUGUUUACAGGAAGUCUAAGUAACUCUGAGGAGACAGAAAUAACUCUUGGCGAUGUUAAUGGUGAUGUAUUACAAGCUGUUGUCGAUUAUUGCUAUACAGGUUCUAUUGAAAUACGAGAAGACAAUGUGGAGACAUUGUUGGCCACUGCUUGUCUUAUGCUGUUACAUGAAGUGGUAGAAGCAUGCUCAAGGUUUUUGGCUCAUCAACUUCAUCCAAGUAAUUGUUUGGGAAUCGCUGUUUUUGCCGAACAUCAAGCUUGUACCAGCCUGUUGCAAGAGGCAAACGCUUACACUAGCCAACACUUUAUGCAAGUAAUCCGCAAUCAAGAAUUCUUGCAAUUGAACGUUGAACAAAUGGUAAACCUCCUUAACAAUGAUGACCUCAAUGUGUCUUCUGAAGAACAUAUCUUUCAAGCUCUGAUGAGUUGGAUUCAACAUGAUCCUGUUAUACGUCGACAGUAUAUCGGGCAACUUCUUGGCUUGGUCAAAUUACCGCUUCUUUCACCUGCGUUUUUGACAGACCAUGUCGAACUUGUUAUUGAAGACGAUCCUACUUGUCAAAAAUUGAUCAUGGAAGCGAUGAAAUGGCACUUGCUGCCCGAAAGGAGGCUUCAGAUGGUAUGCGCUCGGACCAGACCAAGAAAAGCGACCCUGGGCAAGCUACUGGUGGUUGGAGGAAUGGACAAGAACAAAGGUGCCACGACUAUUGAAAGUUACGACCCCAGAUGCGACGUUUGGACUGUGGCACAUCAUAUGAGUGGUAGACGAUUGCAGUUUGGGAUAGCCAUAAUGGGUGACAAAUUGUUAGUAGUUGGUGGUAGAGAUGGACUUAAAACAUUAAACACUAUGGAGUGUUUAGAGUUGGAGAGCGGUUCUUGGACCCAACUUUCUCCUAUGAAUACCCACAGACAUGGGUUAGGAGUUGCGGUUUUAGGUGGAACACUAUAUGCAGUAGGAGGACAUGAUGGUUGGAGUUAUCUGAAUACAGUAGAAAGAUGGGAUCCGGUGGCUCGUAAUUGGCAGUACGUCGCCCCGAUGCAGAACCAGAGGUGUUCGGCUGGUAUCGCAGUCUUAGGAGGAAAGCUUUAUGCCGUUGGUGGACGUGACGGUGCUUCUUGUUUGCGGACGGUCGAAUGUUACGACCCACAUACUAACAAAUGGACGAUGGUGGCUCCGUUAGCUAGACGAAGAGGUGGUGUUGGUGUGGCAGUAGCAAACGGUUUCCUUUAUGCGAUGGGUGGCCAAGACGCUCCGGCCAAUAACCCAGCUGCUUCCAGAUUUGACUGUGUUGAAAGAUACGAUCCAAGUAUCGAUGCCUGGACAAGUGUUGCGUCCCUCUCUAGUAAGAGAGAUGCCGUGGCUGCUUGUCUUUUUGGCGACAAACUUUUCGCUAUUGGAGGUUACGAUGGAAGCCAUUAUUUGCGUACCGUUGAACAGUAUGACCCAAAUACUAACGAGUGGAAUACUCUUGCACCUUUAAUAACAGGUCGAGCAGGUGCUUGCGUUAUUUCUGUAGGUAACAACGUUCAGCUAAAUGAAUGACUACAAUGUUUAUGAGGUGACUUCACAUUGCUGUUAAAAUGAAUUCAAUUUUAUUUUCGUUGAGGGAUUUCUCGUAUUUUAAAAUGAAUUUUUUUUGUGACUUUUUAAUUAAUAAUCUUACAAUGCACUUUGCCGGAGACUGAAAUGGCAGCAUUUAUUUUUUUGUCCUAAAGACUGACGUUUGCGAAAAAAUUGUUCCAAGAUUUUUAUUAAUAUCAUCAUAUAUUUCCCUUAAAAGUUUUUAUCUCUCUCUAUGGAGUCAUUCCAGUUUAUUAAAAUAUGUUUUUUGUAAGGUUCUGUCUGUUUUAAAAAACUGUUUUAAAAUUUGUCCUGUGAUAUUAUAUUUAUUGUUCUUUACUAUUAAUUUAGGAACCUUACAGAAAAAGUUUGUAAGUUGUAAGAAAAAAUGUGAUAAUUUUAUUAACAGGGCUUUUUAUUGGUAAACAAGAUUGUAA